AUGAGUCCACUGACUCAAUCCCCCGAAGACGGUUCCCUUGCCGGCACUCCCUGCCGGAGGACUGGAGCUCGUAACGGCGGAGGACUACGGAGCCCCACUCCACACCAGUGGCUUUUCUUACUCACCGCUAAGGUUCUUGUUCUUGACCUAUAUGAAUGCCGAAUAGCAUUCCCCUUACCCAGGAGCCGACACACAGGCAUGCGCGUGACGCUCUCUUGUUCACGCUCUACCAUGGGCUGUGAUGACCAGGCACUCGCUCUCACAGCGCGGGAAGGCUCAGCGCUCUCUGUUGCUAUGGCAACAAACAACACACAGCUUUACGCCUCAACUCGCCAGCCUUCCCCUGGCCCCUACCAGCGUGGUGGAGAAACCAACAAUAACACAGAUGAUGAAUCCGACUUCCCAGAUAAAGGGCCGGACUCUGGAGAAAAGUUUGAGGAAAUCUGUGGUUAUCAGGAUGUUUUAGACCAGCUGAAUCUGACCAUAAAGAAGGAUAAGUACACCAUGGCUCGACCUGUUAAAAACUUUAAAAAUCUUACACGGGUACACCUUCAAAUUGUGAUCUAUGGCAUCCUAGAUGUGAGAGAGAUUGAACAGACUUUCGUUCCUUACGUUUGGAUUUAUAUGAAAUGGCAAAAUGAACACAUUAAGUGGAGUCCAACUGAAUUUUGUGGAAUUGAACAGGUGGUUGUUCCUACUGAAUUAUUGUGGAAGCCAGAUAUAACUAUUGAAGAGAUGACAGAGAAGGACAAGGCCCCUCCGAGUCCUUAUCUUACCAUUAAAUGGAACGGCGAAGUCAUACUGAGGAACGACCUGAUGAUAGUCAGCACGUGCAAGAUGCAAAUUUACAAAUUUCCCUUUGACAUUCAGAGCUGCAACCUCUCUAUUAAGUCUGCUGCGUAUUCUGAUGACGAAAUAAUGUUUGAAACCAUCAAAGAUGGUUUCAAAAACACAGAGUGGACUCAGCAGUUGAUACGGACCCAGUAUGAGUGGUUGUUCCUAUCCAUGACAGUUAACAACACAACUGUCAGCGAUAUUACCAACAACCAAAGCAUGAUUGUUUACACUAUCAAGAUGAGGAGGCGGUCUGUCCUCUACAUCGCCAACUUCUUGGUACCCAUCAUGUUCUUCUUUUGUCUGGACUUGGCCUCAUUCCUGAUCUCGGACAGCGGGGGGGAGAAGCUCGGCUUCAAGGUCACUGUGCUGCUUGCUGUCACUGUGAUGCAGCUUCUUCUCAAUGAGAUUCUGCCUUCGUCGUCAGACAGGGUUCCUCUUAUAGCGGUCUUCUGCAUUGGGAUGUUUAGUUUGAUGAUGCUAAGCCUCCUGGAGACAAUUUUGGUGAUGCAUCUGAUGGAGAAAGACUCUGCAUCCCAAGACGAUGAGGCAGGUAAAGACCAAAACCUGAGUGAGGACUGUAACAAAAAGGGCAAAGUCAGCUUGCACAACCAUGAUGGAGAGAUGAAGAAAUGGACUCACUGUGCUUUUGUUUGUGAUGUGUCUGCUGAUGAACCUCCAUCUGAACUGCUGUCGGUGGCUAGAGAGGGCAACAGCAGCCAACUGACGGAUGAGUCCAAUGCCUUGGAGAAGGUCUCAGAUGAGCUGAGGGAGGUGGAGAAAACACUGCUCCUGCUCCUCAACAGCAGGAAGGAAGACGGGAAGCCCGGCUACUGGACCAGAGUGACUAAAACAAUCAACAAAGUUUUCUUCAUUUCCUAUGUCACAAUGGCCAGUCUGUUUUUAGUUGUUAUCUUUUUAAAAUGGAACCAUGCAUCAGACGAGUAGUGGCAAAGUGUAAAAACAAAAUUAAGACUAUCUAACACAUAUACUCUGUAUUAGCCUAUGACAUAAAUCUGGUUGUAUUGUACAGUUCUUGUAA